AAAAUACCAUAACUUCAUCCCCGGGCCUUCUCGUCCCUCCUCUUCUUUAUCUUAUUUUCUGAUUUUAUAGUACAUCGAUAUCCUCUCCUUCUGCAUACUUCUACUUUUGCCCGUCAUGGUCCUUCACAAAGGCGAGCUGGAAGCACAGCUCCAUAACGAACAUCAGCUCAUCAAGAGUGGUGUCCUUCGAGACGAGAAUCCCUUGGAUCAGUCAGAAGUCUUCAACGACUUUUUGCUCGCCUGCAGAAGGGGGGAUCUCAGGCAAUGUCAGGAAAUGAUUUCUGCCGGUGUGAACAUAAACGGCAAAGAUCAGUUCGAUUACACCCCGCUCAUCGUGGCUAGCCUGUGUGGACAUUAUGAGCUGGUUCAGCUAUUACUUGAAUCUGGUGCCCUGGCUGAACGGAAUACCUUCCAGGGAGAGCGCUGCAUAUAUAAUGCCCUUAAUGACAGGAUCAGGAACUUGCUUCUCUCAUACGACUUUUCAAAGUCCGCGGACCCCUUACAGCCCUGGUCGUCACACAUCACAUCUUUACUCACUAUGAAGACACCAAAGACCGCAGACAUCACUUUGAUUGCUGCCUCCGACUCUUUCGAACUGCACAAAUUCAUUCUCGCGGCGAGAUCACCCUACUUCAGGAGAAAGCUAUUGGACGCGUCAGACAACACGUUUUGGAAACUCCCACCCGCCAUUCCGUCAGCAGCCUUCUGGCUCGUUAUUCAGUACCUCUACCUGAGCGACCUCCCGCAAGAUCUGACGGAUUCUCGUAGCACGGCAACCGAGGAGGACAUUCUCACAAGUGCCGACAAAAUCAGCAAGCAGCUUGAGCUUGAUAGGCUUUGGGACUCGCUUCUCACCACCGACCGGCGACUCGCUCGGCAACGGUACCAGGACGAGGUGAACCGCGCGCAGCAGCAGAUGGAUGCCUUUUUCCGGGAGAACGUCCUGGACCACAAGAUGAUUGUCGAUUCCAACAAGGUUGGAGAGAUCAGGUGGCGCCACGACAAUGCCAUCUUUGCCGACUGUCUCUUGGCCGCGGAGGAGCAAGGCGAGGAGGAUUCUCAAGACGAGGAUGAGGAAACUGCUGCGCCAGCGCCUCGCCACAACGGUAUCCCCGUUGGUCCUGCCCCUGAUCAUAAUAUCUCCAAGAAGACCAGGAGAUCUGUGGUCUACCCUGUCCACAAGGCCAUGCUAGUGCGUAGCCCCUAUUUCGAAACCAUGUUCUCCUCCUCCUUCAAGGAGGGCCAAGUAGGGGAGCACCUCCACGUCAUCACACUAGACUGCCCGCCUGGUGUGCUGGAGAUCGUCCUGUCCUAUCUCUACACCGGAAAGUCCGACUGCCCGCUCGAGCUGGCCCUGGACCUCCUCUAUACAGCCGACAUGCUGUUCCUCGACAAGCUCAAGACCAAGGCCGUGCAGGUCAUCAGCACCCUUGGCAGCGGGAACAAUAACCUCCUCGUCGAUAGGACGCACGGCGCCGCCACAGCAGAGCCAGGGGAAGAGAAUGAGAAGGUCGAGGUGGAGCCCAUCAACAUCUACGACGUCACCAACGCCGCCUGGGAACUCAACGUGCAGCGCCUGGAGGAGUUCGCCGCACGCUACCUCGCUUACAGGCUGGAAGACUACAUCGACGAGCCCGAGUUCGCCGAGUUAAUUAAGCAGAGCGCCGGGCGGCUCAAGUCGCGCCAGGAGACGGAUACGAUUGUGCUGCUUGAUGAUGUCCGCUAUUACCUAUCCGAACGGUUCCGCCUGCGUUUCGAGGAUGCCGGAUUGGAAGAGUUCAUGGACGGGAAGGACACGGCGAACGCCGGAGAUGUAGCUGAUGUUUUAUCACCCCAAGGAGAAGGGCCGGACGAGGAGGAAGUGGCCUUGUCAGGUUCGCUUGGUGUCACGAAGCCAGAGGAUGCAGAAUCUGGUGAAGGCGGUGUCGCGACACUCGAUGGAGAAGUCGCAGAGGAUGAGUUUGCUUCGGACGCCAUCAACUAUCAGGUAUUGCUGGACAAGAUCGAUACUAUGCUGGAGAAUUUGAACCUAGAUGCUUAGAGCUGGGGCACGGCGUUUCCUGAUUUACCAUACAGAUGAUUACGACUAACGAGAGAGGAAUCACACGGCAUGGAGAGAGCAUUGAGGGGCGG